AUGACUCGGACUUGCGCUGUCGGGCCUGGAAAGAAGACCUCGCGAGGUAUUAGUAAUGAGGGCCAAGAAGAGUCUGAUUUGAUUAUUAUGAGAUCUUGGGAAGAGAAUUCGGAAGCACAUCAGACUCAGUGGAAACCCUUGAAAGCGACAAAUGCGGAUGUGGCUUGGGAUGUUAAGCGUGUUGAAAUGGUCUGA